ACACACACACCAACACAGACACACUGACUGACUGGGUUCUGGCUAUUAAUAUUCCCCUUAUGAAACUACGAGCAGUCUGUAUAGGCUAUGUAUUGUCUGCAGGACCGGGGAGGAUAAACACAAAGCCAGAAGAUCCCGCAACAGACGCUGCCGCACUUUCCCAAAUUGAAAUCCCCCGUCAGGAGAGAGAGAGAGAGAGAGAGAGAGAGAGACAUAGGGAGAGAGGGAGGGAGAUAGAGAGAGGGAGAGAAAGGGGAGUGGGGGGGUGACUGCAGAACAUACAGGGUCUGGAUGAAUAACCAUGGCAACAGCAGCAGCAGCAGGAGAAGCGGUGGUAUAAACAUUGCGAUUUACUCAAUAGAGGCUGGAAGCGAACCCUCUGCGGAUAUUACACUUCAUCACUGCUAAGGUGAUGAGUGGGAUUAUAUCAUGUCUGAAGUACAGGGAACACUGGAGUUUUCUGUAGAGUUGCACAAGUUUCACAAUGUGGAUCUCUUCCAAAGGGGGUUCUACCAGGUACGAGCAGGGUUGAAGGUCUCACCUCGAGUGCCCCACAGGUUGAUAGUGACAACACAAGACAAUACAGGAGAAUGCAGCUUCAGCUCUGCGGGGGUUUACGACGGCACCGUGUUCAGCCGGAUAUUUCAGAUCCUUUACAGAAAUGAGGAGAUCACGGUGAACGACUGUAUGAUCUUCAAAGUCCACCUACUAUUGGACGGAGAACGGGUGGAGGAAGCCUUGAGUGAGGUGGACUUUCAAUUGAAGCUGGAUCUUCAUUUCACUGACAAUGAGCAACAGCUGGCAGAGAUAGCGACUGUCCCGUUGAUCAGCAGUCGGACCCUCAGCCUACACUUCCACCCGCGGAGAGGCCUCCACCACCACGUCCCUGUCAUGUUCGACUACUUCCACCUGUCCGUCAUUUCUGUCUCCAUUCAUGCUUCACUGGUUGCCUUACAUCAGCCGCUAAUCAGCUUUGCACGUACAGGGAAGGGCUCCUGGCUGGGGAAGGGCUCGCCAGAGAGCGCGAGCGACCCAUCUGCCAUGUCUGUAGAGAACCUUGUGUUCGGAGCUGGCUACUGCAAGCCUGUCAUCUCUGAGGGAAGCUUUUAUGUGCCCAGUGAAAACUGCCUGCAGAGAGCGCAUACGUGGCACCGAAGGCUCUGUCGCCUCCUGUUGGUCGCACACAGAGGCCUGCACACAUACUACACUGCACUGAUGAAGGAAAUCCCACAGCUCCAGCAGACUCCACUAGACUCGGAGGUGCUGCCAGUAGAAGAAACUCUAAAUCAGCUCACAAUAGAGUUGCAGCUGCAGGAAGGCCACGAGAAGGUAGCAGAGCAGAUCAGCAGGGACGUGAGCCAGCUCUGCUCCCAGCUGGCUGCUCUGUGGAGCCGCUUCCUGGAGGCCGCUGUGCUCAACCCCCACAUCCUCUCCUACCUGGCCCAGGAGCACCACACGCUCAGGGUCAGGAGGUUCUCAGAGGCAUACUUCUUUACUGAACACCCCAAAGAGAUAUCUCUGACCUUUCAAGAGGAACUAAUCAACAGACAUGGCCAGAUAGCUGCAGAAGUGCGGAGCUCAGACUACCUGACCAAGAUGCCUCCUUUACCUGUUGAGUGCCUGGACAUCGAUGGAGACUGGAACAGCCUGCCCAUCAUCUUUGAGGACAGAUAUGUGGAGUCCCCCCAAACAGAGUGGGUAUCAUGUGUGCCAACCACGGAUGGACAGACUAACUCACAUCCGUCCAUCACUCAUCCCAAUGGGAUUUUUGAAAGUGGCCAGAAAGCCAGAUCACCAGCAAUACACCAGGAUCCCUUGGACAGUGAUGACUGCAUGGACCUGCCCACAUAUGUCUCACUCAUAGCAGAGCAGAGUAAGACUAGCACCAACAUCAGCAGAACACAGAACCGCACUCCCGCUGAGGACAGCACUGGAUCCUCUCUAGCAGAUGCAGUAAACAUGAAGGAACCAGAGGCAAAGCAAGGCCAGGUUGGGGAGAACGGUAACCCAGGCCUGAGGUACAAUGCAGUUAAGCCUUGUGAUGUAGAUCCAUACAGAGAAGAAGCAAUUCUGGUUCUCUCCUCAAACCACAGUCCCAUAAUUGACUCCAAUAACAGCAGUGAUGAGUCUCCUGCUCACCGUGUAACAGAAAAUACUGUCCAACUUUGUGAUGCCACAAAUGACAGCAAAGCAAGUGAGAGUGAAAACAUUGACGAGGAGUCUGAUAUUGCCAUGCCAUUAAAUCACUCCAUGGAUGAUGAGAGUGAGGAUGUUCCUCUCAUAAGCCUACCCACUGCCCAUGGCCAUCCAGUCAUCCCUGCCUUUCCUGGUGAUCUCAGAAAAGACAUGACUCACCGUGGAGGUCUGGCAGGCUCCAAGAUCAUGAAGCGCUCGUCCUCAGUUAUUUCUGACUCAGGUAUUGAGAGCGAGCCCAGCUCAGUGGCCUGGCCGCUGGAGGCUGCACUGAGAAGUCGACCUCCUCUAGACUUCUCCAGCGAACGGGAGAUUCCACAACAAAUAGUGUGCCGUCACCCGGUUCAUCGUAGCUCUCUGGAGGGCCUGCAGAUGGAGAGCAAUGGCAGCCUUCCAAGUGCAGGUAUACAGGCCUCACUCACCUCUAUUAGCUCCUUACCCUAUGAGGAAGACCAGCAGCAGAGGCAGCUCAGCAAACUGACCAAGUCAGUCUCUGCGCCGCAGAUAAGUAGCCCUGAAGACACCGAGGAAGACCAUGUGCUCCUGAACCAGGAAACAAACACAAAGAGCCUAGUGCAACACCAGGAUUCAUUUAAGGUCAACUGCUCUUCAUUGAACAGCAACCUAGAUUCAGAGCAAUCUGAAUCAUCUCUAUUAGAUCCAAGUUUAACAAAUAUUAGCUCUGAAAAGUCAAACCCUCCAGAGUUCCUGUCAGAGACAUACAGAACCAAGUCAGUGUUAAGUGGCGUGUCUGAAGUCUUGCUUUUACAAGAGUCUGUAGAAAGCCUGCAUGUGAAGGAAAGCGCUGUUAUUGGCAGCCAGGGGGAGAAUAUGAACCAUCAAACACACAUCAGUGGUGUAAGCGCCUCAGUUGAGGAUGUGCAUCUUGUUGUAACGGAAGCAGCACCCUGCAGCUGUGGAAACAAACCAUGUGUGCAUAAAAGUGCAGCAGAUCAGGAGAGCAUUAACCCUGGAGAAGAGUGCCAAAGUUUCCAUCAGACUGAACUGCUUACUGAGGUCCAAGAGUGUCUGGAUCCUUCUCAAACACCCCUACAGCCUUCAAGGCUUCAACACUCCAAUGACCAGCCCAACAGUACCAGGCCAAGUGACCUAACAGGGUUGAUAACCAAUGAUAUCACAUCAUCUGUUGACCUCAAUGGGAGUAUAGUCAGUGAGAAAGAGCCCUUAGAUUGUCAGACUAAGCCCUCUAAGAUCCCCAACUCAGGGCUGGCGUUCGUGAAUAAGAAGAUGGUGGAGGUGGUGAACAUGUCAGUGUCCUGUGCCCCGACCUGCCUGCCAUUUUCUUCGGCCCUGAGAGACUCUCCAUCCAUCAGUGGAAUGUCCGCUCGCCAGGCUACCUCACCUAUCACCCACCAGCCCCUGGGGUCCUUUGGUAUCAUCUCCUCGUCUUCACUCAAUCCCCUGAACAUGGACGACGAGACUAACGAACGGAUGCUAAAUUUCUACAAAGCUAAAGAGGAGCUGUUCAAAGAGUUGAGCUUUCAGGCCAGUCUGUACAGCGACCUUCCUCUCCUGGCAUCAGAUCUACCCUACUUCCCCCCUGAGGAAGACGAUGAGGAGUUUGAUGAUGGCAUACACCUUGUGGUGUGUGUCCACGGGCUUGAUGGAAACAGCGCAGACCUCCGGCUGGUGAAGACUUUCAUUGAGUUAGGACUGCCGGGAUCCAGGCUGGACUUCCUCAUGUCUGAAAGGAACCAGACCGAUACGUUUGCAGAUUUCGACACCAUGACAGACAGGUUGCUGGAUGAGAUCAUUCAGCAUAUCCAACUGUACAAUCUCACCAUUGGGAGGAUAAGCUUCAUCGGCCACUCUCUGGGGAACAUCAUCAUCCGCUCAGUGCUGACGAGGCCUCGCUUCCGCUGCUAUUUGCCCAAACUGCACACUUUCCUCUCGCUGUCAGGCCCACACUUGGGAACGCUGUACAACAACAGCACAUUGGUCAGCACAGGUCUGUGGUUAAUGCAGAAGCUGAAGAAAUCAGGAUCCCUGCUGCAGCUCACCGUCAGAGAUCACGUUGAUCCACGGAAAACAUUCCUUUAUCUCCUGAGUCAGAAACCAGGGCUCCAGUACUUCAAGAACGUGGUGUUAGUGGCGUCUCCACAGGACCGUUAUGUUCCUUUCCACUCCGCCAGAAUAGAGAUGUGCAAAACCGCUCUCAAAGACAGGACCACAGGCCCCGUGUACACUGAGAUGAUCAACAACCUUCUGCAACCACUUGUGGAGGCUAAAGAGUGCCGGCUGAUACGCCAGAAUGUUUUCCACGCUCUGCCCAACACAGCCAACACCCUAAUCGGCCGCGCCGCCCACAUUGCCGUCUUGGACUCUGAGCUUUUCCUGGAGAAGUUCUUCUUAGUGGCAGGGCUCAACUACUUCAAAUAAAAAGGUGCUAGUACUGCAGGCCUAUGGGAGAGAACCUGAUUGUGGCUGAUGGGGCUUGGUUGGAGGAUAAGGUGUUUACCUUUGCUUUGUACAGUCAAUGUAUAUAACCCCUGGUAUCUAAGAGGCGAAGCCUGUAUAUCCCAUCCGUUAAGAUUGUUAGCAGCUCUUAUUAAAAGAUCAGUGUGUUGUGACUGUUUAAAAAUUGCUAACUCAGAAAUCUGAGUUCGACGUGUAGCCAUGCAAAAUUAAAACAUCUGAUUGGCUGUAGAUGUUUUGUUGGCCUUAUGAAUAACCUCUCAGCCAGAACACUAACAAAUGCUAAUUGUGGUCGAAAGCAUUUAACUACUUUAACUCCCUUUAGAGUUGGUUUAGAGCCUGGAUGGUUGAAUUCUUCUUUAAGGGUUACACCGAUGAUAGUCUUAAACUGUCCUUAGAACUGAGGCAAUAGAUGCGCAGCAUUUAUCCCCUUGAUUGUACAUUAAGUAUUUUGUUGUACAAAACAUAGAUGUUCCUUUAUACAGAAAUGAAUAUAUUGUUUAAAUUAUUUAUUUUUUAUCUGCUUAUGUGUCUACAGUGUAAGUAGCCCAUUUAAAUGUAAUCUCUUGUGUUAUCAUCAAAUCUAUCAAAAUGGAAAUCAAAGUAUUUAUAAAGUGUACAAUGGAGAAGGCAGAGGUGUUACCCCAUGUAGCCUAUAAUUCAGUAUAUCUGCUUUUUCAUACAUGUGCUUACGUUAAACUGUAUGUCAGCUCGAUCUGACUCAUUCACCAUAAUUAGAAAGUAUAAGGCUACAGCAUAAUGAGCAGUACCUUUGAUACCAAAUGGCUCUACCUGCUGUGUUAGCCUUCACCUUUUAUUGUUUGCACCGACUGAUUGACUGACAAGUUGAUUGAAUACAUUUAAAGAAUAGGUCGUUUGCCAAACAGACCCCAACCCCUCAGUUACUGGUGCUAUGCCUGUCAAGCUUUCCACGGUGGCACAUUACCACCCAAAAUCUUGCUUGGGUUUCUGGAGUGUAUAUGUUCCCCAGACCUACAAAAGAGCAGGACGGAGCUGCUAAUGUUAGCCCGAUAG